GCCUCAGAGCUGAAGGUUGGACUCCACCUCCAGGCAGAAUGAGACUCAGCCUAGCAGCCCUGCUCCUCCUGCUGGCCAGCUGCCUUGCUCCAGGCCACGGAAUCCUGGAGGCCAAUUACACAAGCCUAAAGUGUAAAUGUUCCAAGACGAUCUCAAGGCCUGUCCGUCCAAACAUCAUAGAGCGGAUUCAAGUCACACCUCCUGGGAAUGGCUGCCCAAAGUUUGAAGCCCUGAUCUGGACUAAGACUAAGCAAAUUCUAUGUGUGAAUCCUCAAGACAGAUGGUUCAAGACGGUACUCAAAUAUAUACGGAGAAAACCUCUAUCUUCAACUCCCCCAGCUCCAGUGAGUAAGAAAAGGACCACCUGAAGGCCCUGUCCCCCAAGGAACGCCUGCACCCUCCUUUAUCCCCGCUCUUGGUUGAACAAUUUCCAAGAAAAUAAAUUCCUUUUACAAACAAGCAUGCCUGUGUGUAAAGAAUACCCUGCAGGAUUAUCCUCAACCUACAUUCUUGUUCUUUAACGAGGGUUAUUUGAGGAUGGGUGCUCAGUAACACCCAUGUGUUUGGUAAUAGGCCUGUUGUUUAAAGUCAAACUGUCCUAGGUUGUAAUCUGAACCUGUAGCUUGUAUUAACAAGAAAUGUAUGAGGUAUACUUCCCUUGCUUCACCCCCUUAAGGAAGGCGGGUUUCCCUAAUGGUCUUCAUAGUUUGCUGGGCAUCCCAUGCCGUUCCAGCCGAACACGAUGCAGAGUAGGUCUCCAUUUGUGAAAAGCCUCAUGAAGAAAAUAGAGCCCUUCUACUUUUAAAGGUUUCUUGUAUACAAUUUAUUGUAUCAGAUUAAACCCUGUAACAUUGAAAGAUUCUAGGCUUAAAAUUCCAGGCUCUCCAGUAGUAUACAAACACAUUCCUUUACACCGUGGCUCUCAUUUGUUUGGUUUUUUUAAUUCAUAUCUUUCACAUAGACAAAAAUAUCAGUCUCUUGUAUCAAAUUCUUUAAUGUUUUCUCUUCAUCUAAUGUCAUUCAAUAAACUUAAUCAAAUAUCUUGCUUAUAAAAAUAAAUCUUGCUUAU